UGAAGAAACAUCAGGGCCAAUAGUCAUUACAUCCAAUCCCACUACUUUAACAACAACUACAAUUGCACCCACAACAACGACACUUACCACAGGUGGAACUACAGGAAUUGAAGAAACCACAUCUGAGACAAUUCCAUCUACAUCCACAAAGCCACCUAAAGAAGUCACCUCCGGUCCAACAACCACUUCCACCACUGUAAUUGUUGAAACCUCUACUUCAACAUCACAGCCCACAGCAACAGGUGAAGAAACAUCAGGGCCAGUUGUCAUAACAUCCAAUCCAACUACUUUAACAACAACUACAACUACACCUACAACAGGUGGAACUACAACAGCUGAAGAAACCACAUCAGAGACUUUUCUAUCUACUUCCACAAAGCCACCUAAAGAAGUCACCACAGGCCCAAUUACAUAUUCUACAGCUGCUAUAAUUCAAACUUCAACAUCACAGCCUUCAAGUACAGAAACAACAGAGCCAGUUGUCAUCACAGGCCCAUUAGAAACAACAAGAACUCCUUCAACAUCGCCACAAGUGAUUAUUACACCAACAUCACAAGCAGUCACCACCAGCCAGUGCAUUUGCAAUGUUAAUGGGACACAAUAUCUACCAGGGAACCUAGUGUAUAAUGUGACUGAUGGUUCAGGCUGGUGCUUCACCGCUUACUGCAAAGCAACGUGUCAAGUUGAAGUGGAAUCAAAUCCAUGUCCUUCCUCUACACCACCCACUGUAUCAACCACAACGUCAGAAGAGACCACGACCACACCACCAACAUCUCAAUCCUCCCCAGACUGCACUAGCGUUCAGCCACCAAGAAAGAAUGGAGAAUCUUGGCAGCUGAAUAGCUGUACCACAGCAAUUUGCCAGGACAGCAUUGUUGUCCAUCUACCAGUAAAAUGCAAGCCAGUGGAGCCACUACAGUGUGUGAAUGGCCGUCCACCUGUCAAGGUCUAUGAUUCAACUGGAUGCUGCUUUACAUAUGAAUGUGAAUGUGUAUGCAGUGGAUGGGGUGGAUCUCACUACAUGACAUUUGAUGGACUAUAUUACAAUUUCAAGGAGAACUGCUCCUACACCUUAGUGAAAGAAAUCAACUUCAAAUACAACCUUACCAUUAUUGUUGAUAACCACUACUGUGGAAACGCUGACAGUGGAUUCUGUCCUCAGUCCCUUAUCAUUCACUACAAUUCCUAUGAAGUGAUUCUAACCCAGCAGAGAUCUGGUGAAACAACAGAAAACGUGGUAUAUGUCAACAGUAAACGAAUCUACCCAGCUUACAGAAUGGGUGACAUUGCUCUAACAAGUACUGGUGUGGAGGUCGUACUGGAGAUCCCUGAUCUUAAGGUUCAGGUGUCUUACAAGGGGUCAUCAUUUAGCAUCAACCUUCCUUACUCCCUCUUCCAAAGCAGCACAGAGGGCCAGUGUGGUACCUGUGAUAAUUCCCAGAAGAAUGACUGCCAGUCACCUAAUGGUCAGAUUGAGAGCUGCUCAGUCACAGCUAGCCAGUGGCUAAUUCCAAACCAGGACUGUCCAACUCCUCCAACAGCACCACCCACAAGCACAUCCCCUACCCCCUGCAAGACAGCUAUUUGUGAAAUCAUGAACAGCAAGGUCUUUGAGGAAUGCCAUAAAGCGGUUUCUCCUGAUGCCUUCGUUCAGGCCUGUAGAUCAGAUGUCUGCUACAAUGCUAAUUCUAGCUGCUCUAGUCUGGAGGCGUAUGCAUCUGAAUGUGCAAAGAAAGGGAUCUGCAUUGAAUGGAGGAAGUCCACCGAUGGAGAAUGUGAGCAUACAUGCCCAGCCACUAAGGUGUACAUGCCAUGUGGUCCAGCAGUUGAACCAACAUGUAAUACCAGAUAUAAUGAGAAGUAUUUGAACAACCAAACCCAAAUGACCAAUAAGACGAAGGAGGGUUGCUUCUGUCCAUCUAAAACCGUCUUGUUCAGCACCUACUCUGAUACUUGUGUGGUCUCCUGUGGCUGCACCGGACCUGAUGGCAACCCCCAAAUGCCUGGUGAUACAUGGGAAAGUGGUUGCCAGCAGUGCACCUGUGACAUGGACUCCAUGAUUGUCCAGUGCCAGCCUAUCACUUGCCCCACACCAGCCAUACCCAUCUGCAAUGAGACUGGUUACAGACUGGUGAACAAGACAGAAGGCUGCUGCCAGAAAUAUACAUGUGAGUGCGAUGCACUGCUUUGCCCCAAAGUCAUGAUGGACUGCCAGCCAGGGUGGGAGACAAUUAUAAGCACGUCCAACUCAAGCUGCUGUCCAGAGUAUACCUGUGUUCCUAAGGGUGUAUGUGUCUACAAUAACAUUGAGUACCAGCCUGGUGCUGAAGUUCCUAAAGGAACAUGUGACAAUUGUAUCUGCAGCUCGACCAUGGAUCCUAGCACCAAGCUCAACAACAUUGUGUGCACAAAUAUCUCAUGCGACACUACAUGUUCACAGGGCUUCCAGUAUCAGGCCAUACCUGGCCAGUGUUGUGGGAACUGUGUCCAGACAAGCUGUGUGGUUAAUAUGCCAGAUAAGACCAAACAAACUAUUCAGGUGAACGAAACAUGGUCACCACCUGGUGACAAAUGUGUGAUGUACACGUGUGACAAAACUGAUGACCAAUAUAUACCAGUGGAGGUGAAGACUGUGUGCCCUGCAUUCAGCCCAGAGAUCUGUGUUCCAGGAACAGAAAAGACAGAUGCAAAUGGAUGUUGCAAGACCUGCACAGAACGCAGGAAUGUCUGUGAGAUGAAGUACACCACCACUAGCAUUGUCAUCAGUGGCUGUGCGACCGCAGAGCCUGUGGAGAUCAAUUCCUGCUCAGGAAACUGUGGAACCUCUUCCAUGUACUCAGCAGAGGCGAACACCAUGAUGCACUACUGCUCCUGCUGCCAAGAGGCGACCACUAGCCAGAAAGAGGUGGAGCUGAUGUGCCCUGAUGGGUCAAAGGUCAAGCACUCCUACAUCCACGUUGAGUCGUGCGGAUGUCAUGUCACAGACUGUGAUGCAGGCACGACCGCCGCCCCGGGGACGACGAGAAAGCGCAGGAGGCUCUAAACGUCUAGGAAGACAACAUGCACACUGAUAUAGUAAUUAUCCUCAUGACAUUGAAUGUUUUAGUCCAAAUUUGUUUUCUUGUUACUUUUUAAUUCAAUCUGUCUUGUCAGUGUAUUUCUACAAUCGGCAACACUUACUAUUAUGUUCUUAUACCUUCAUUGUAGAAUGAAUGUAUUUUCUAUGAUAAAUGUAGUAGAUAAUC